UGUUAUAAUAAAAAUAGUAAUCCAAUAUUAGUUCGUUUCGUAUACGACAACGACACAAUUUUUUAUUAUUCGUUAACAACAUGGCAGACUUAAACAGAAGUUUGAGAGAUUAUCUGUCAAAAUCAUCCACGUCACAUUCUUCUGGUGAUCUGUCACCAACUAAAACCACUCUACUAAGUAAUCUCCCUGGGGUGGGAUGGCUUAACAAGUCAAAUACAGAGGAACCACUUGCUGCCAACAGUACUAAUGGGUGGUUUUCUCAAGCGCAGAAUGAUCCACUUUUGCCCAGUUUGUCACGUAAGCAGAGAAUUUUGGGAUUCUUCACCUGUCUGUUGUUGGGAACAUUCUGCUUUUCCAUUGCAAGUCUGUACAUUCCUCUUCUUGUGAUAAAAGCUCGGAAGUUUGCUGUUUUGUACACACUAGGAAGUCUGUUCGUAAUAUUCAGUUUUUCGUUUCUCUGGGGUCCCGUUAACCAUAUGAAACACCUCUUUUCAAUGGGACGGCUGCCAUUUACAACAGCCUAUUUUGGAUCUUUGUUAGCAACCGUGUAUUUUUCCAUGUGGGUCAAAAGCACUUUGUUUACAGUAUUUUUUGCAGUUGUACAGAUUAUAACAUUGGUUUGGUAUAUAGUCAGCUACAUUCCUGGUGGGCAGACAGGGCUGAAGUUUUUCUCAAAAAUAUGCUACGGCGUUGCCUCGAAGACUGUGUCAAGCACUUUACCCAUGUAGCAAUAAUACUACCGUGUCCAAUCAUUCUGGCUUUGUUUUAAUAUACCCCGAUACUGAUGUAAAAACGUAAGGAAUGACCUAAACCUUCAUCCAUGGUUUCAGAAAGUUAAUAGUGUUACUCUCAUUCAAUCCCACAGUACAUCUCUGUAUAUUUGUUUUUACAGACAUUACUACAUGUAUGUUACACUACAUAACAUUGUAAAUAAUUUUCUUUUGUUCAAAUAUCAUACAUAUGAGCCAUAUAUGCCAGAUUAUGGUUCUUAAUAGCUGAAAGUUAGAAAUACUUCAAUAUUUUUAAGUCGUUUUUCAUGGAUCAACUUAUAUUCAUAAUGGCAAUUUUUAAAUAGAUUAUAUCUUGCUAUUUCAGUUUUUUUUAUUAUAAAAGUCAAUUAAAAAAAAAAUGUUUUCGGGACUUGGAAUUAGGGACUCUACUUUUAACAGAGAUCGACUUGCAUGCUAAGAUUUUCAGUACUAGUGAAUUGGAUUUAGUCUGCAGUAAAACAUAUUCUUCAUUUCCAAGGCUCGCACUGGAAUGAAUUUUGGUUUAGCCAAUUUUCAGAUAUAGUUUUUCCUUGAAAAUGAUUAAAAUGUGGUUAAUUUAAGGAAUAUUUUAUUAGCCAAAGACUAAAUGAUGUAGACACUUUCAAUAAAAAAUUAGCAGUUGGCUAAUUUCACAAUGUACAGGGUCAGCCCUGACUUCUUUCUGGGUGAGCCCCGAUUUAUUUCUGUUGGUGUACAUCGCCGUGUGGUUACUUGCUUACUGUGGAUGUGGACUUUUACCAAUUUUUGGUAUGAAAAACGCUGUACCAAACAUAGGUAAAAGUCCAUGUCUGCAUUAAUUGAGUAACUAUGCAGUGUAUAGAGGAAUUUUGAGUACAUUAUAAUCGCAUUGAAAUCAGUGCUGCUAGCAGCUUGAACAUAAAGUCUUUCUGUCUUUAACUGUUUGGUAUAACACAAGGGAAAAAACAUUUCUUUUCUAGGCGAGGGAUGGGAUGUAGAAUGCACAUCUGAGGUGUGAUGGGUCGAUAACUUGGUGGGGUCCUUUCCCAAGCAGUAUUCCAUGAUUGGUACAUCAAAGGCAAUGGUAUGUACUGUCCUGCCCUUGCUGCUAUUUAAUAUGAGUAAUACAUGGCAGCAGCAGGUUUCCUCCCUCUCUUUAUCUCCGUUUCUCUCUUUCUCUCUCUCUCUCUCUCUCUCUCUCUCUCUCUCUCAUGUAUUGGACACCAAAUAUCUGUAGUUUACAAUGUGCUGAAGUGUCAUUAAAUGUUUUUUCUUUUUUUUCUCAAUGACUUUGCAAGCAAUCAUUUUGAAUCCAUGAAUGAACCAAAGAUCAUGUUGUCAGGUUCAGGUAGAUGCUUCAAACCUUUAACGCUUUGUUUACGUAAUAUUAACAAGCAUUCUGAGAGUACUGUUAAAGCAAUUUGCAUGUAUUGGAAACUGCCGUGGUGCAGUGAAAAUGUCCCUAAACAUUUCAAAAAGGUGAGCAAGUGUUCAUCAAUCUGUUUCUGUUAACGAAUUCCACACUACCUCGCCUGGUGGUGUUAAGAGAAUGUGUUCUUGGCCGUUUGUUAACCGUUUCGAAUACACAGUGUAUGUGUACCAUACCAGGGCCCCAAAAUGGUCAAGGGCCAUAACUCUGUCAAAAAUAGAUGGUUCCAAUUUUAGACCGAGUUAUGCCCAUGAACAUGUACAAAUUAAAAUAAUGUCCGAUUUCAAUUAUCAAAAAGGGUUCUAAUAGUGAAAAAUAAAGAUCAGUCGUCCUAACAAAGAUGGCUGUUUAAUACAGGUGGGCACUAGAGCAGGUUUGAUUGUAUAUAGACAAGACAUAGCCUGAUGUUAAAGUGAUUUAGGAUCAAUCGCCGUCACAGGGCCUAUUGGGCUAUUUCUCAUUCCAGCCAGCACUCCACAACUGGUGGGGCGGGACGUAGCCCAGUGGUAAAGCGUUCGCUUGAUGCGUGGUCGGCCUGGGAUCGAUCCCCAUCGGUGGGCCCA